AAAUGAAAUGAAACGUCAAACGUCAAGCAAAAGUAAUCAAAACAAAAAACAAACUUUAUACUUACUAUCUACUAUAAAAAUGUGUGUACCUAGCAGUGUGAAAUAAUAUAAUGUUCUGUGAUAACGUUAUCAGUUCUGUUCAGUGGUAAAUUAUUAUUUAGUAAUGAUAUGAUAAAUAAGUUCAACCAAGCCUCGGCCAAAGUCAAUAAAAUUAAACAGUGACUUAUCAUCUAAUCUUCAAUACCCUCAUAUACUCAGUAUAGUUGCAAUAAUUAUUGUAACAUAAUCGGACUUUAAAACAAAUUUUAACGAAAUGAAUAAUAUUCUACUUUUGCAAUCACCACCACCAAAGUUGGAAGACGUACAGCAAAAAAUAUUCAGUAAAGAUGCUUUAAAUUUCUUAGAAGAUUUGCACUCAAAAUUUGACGCCGAUAUUGAAGAAUUGUAUAGAAAACGUCUUCAAAGGACAGUAGAAGCUAAAUAUACUGCUUUUUUAGACAUCAAACAGUCUCCUGAAAGGAGAGACAAAUCGUGGUCCAUUGCUGAGUUACCCACAAGACUACUAAAUCGUCAUUUAGAUCUCGGAGACGUGUCAGCAUCCAACACGUCUCAUUUUGUCGCUGCUCUCAAAGAAGAUGUUCAAGGGAUCCAAGUUGAUUUUGACGAUGGCCAUUGCCCAACAUGGAGGAAUCAGCUUGUGGCUUACCAAAAUAUCAAUCUUGUUGUGAAUGGAAAAUUACAAGGAGCCCCUCUUAAUAUAAGCAUGUGUCCAGUGUUGAUGCUUAGACCUAGAGCGUGGAACAUGAUAGAACAUAACAUUCUGAUUAAUGGCAAAGAAGCGAUUGGACCCCUUGUUGAUUUCGGCAUAUUGAUGUACCACAAUGCAAAAAAACUUUAUGAAGCGAAAAGUGGCCCAUACUUUUAUCUCUCGAAACUCGAGGGCUCUUCUGAGGCGAAAUUAUGGAAUGAAAUAUUUGUAUGUACUCAAGAAAAGUUGGGUUUACCACAAGGCACUAUAAAAGCAUGUGUGCUGAUUGAAAAUAUUAUAUCAACAUUUGAACUAGAAGAAAUUUUGUUUGCUUUGAAAGAUCAUUCUUUGGGUCUUAACUGCGGCAUAUGGGAUUACUGCGCGUCUAUAAUAGCCAAAUUUGGGGACCGUGAAGAGUAUUUGCUGCCAGACAGGAACAAGUACGUGAACAUGGAUCAGCAUUUCCUGAACAGUUAUCUGAAGCUGGUGGUGGCGGUGUGCCACGAACGGAGCGCCCCCGCCACCGGCGGCAUGGCGGCAGCCAUGUUGAAACCCGGCGUCGAUGGCGAUAAUAAAGAAUCGAAGCUGAUAAUUAAUAAGAUUCUGGAAGCAAAGUUGAAGGAAAUUGAUGCAGGCGUGGAUGGUUUUAUGGUUUAUGAUGCCCGUGUGGUGCCCUACAUUAAUGAGCUGUGGAAGAGAAACGGUUCUACUCCAAACCAGAUACACCGUAAAAUGAAAGUGAACAUCACAGCCCAGGAUUUGCUGAGGAUUCCCAGCGGGGGGGUGACGUCAGCUGGGUUGAAACACAACGUGGCGGUGUCCAUAUUGUUCAUAUACCAUUGGCUGGCCGGCAUCGGACAUUUCUUCUAUAGCGGAAAUGUGGAGGAUUCCGCCACAGCUGAGAUAUCCAGGAGCCAGAUAUGGCAAUGGCUACGAUUCAAGCCUCCUCUAGAAGACGUCCCGAACAAACACGUGACACCAGCUCUGGUGGAGAAAACGGCCGCCAGUUUCGCGGCGCACGCGCACAAGAAUCUCUGCCGGUCUAACGCGGAGCGCAAGCGGUUGACGGCGGCCAAAUAUAUGAGCAUGGAGCUGUUUCUCAUGAGGAACCCCCCGGAAUUCAUCACCAGUUAUCUGAACGAUAACCACAAGUUCAGAACUUUGCAUAAUAAGGCGCUUCUUAGCAAUUUGUAGCAAAAAAAUAUGUACACAGUUCAUGUAACUACUUAUAAGUAGUUUGUACGAACUGUAUCACAAACACUGUCGAAUAUACUUAUCUUGCCCGCAGCCCCGUCUGCGUAAAACAUAAACUCCCGUUUUUCGCCUUUCACUUUUUAUUUCGGGAAAUCUUUAAAUUUCGACAGUGCGAUUUUUAUUUAAUUGGGUACCUACCUAAUAUUUGUAAUUUGUUAAGGCUUUUAUAAUUGUUCCAAUCAAUAAUAAUUUUAACUAGUGAUUAAAUAACUAGAUGGAAGAAGCUUUUAUUAGAAAAAUGUGGCCAAAGUAAAUGUAUCUAAAAUAAGUUAUAAUAAAAAAAAAAUAUUCUGUGAUAGAAAAAGCGUUGUCCUAUACAUACCUAUGUUAAUAUAUAAGCGUUGAAUUUAUAUGUAUUUGUUAUCAAUAAAACAUGAGAAAUUAUAUCACACGUCUUCAUAUUUCUGCAGUGCCAAUAAAAUUAAUUUUAAAUAGGAAAAUUAAUGGUUUAUUUGAAAUAUAUAAUCUACAGUAAUUAAGGGUUGUCUCCGAUAGGUAAGAUACAUACAUAUAAUCACGUCUAUAUCCCUUGUCAGGUUAACAUAGCCAACAGUCUUGAAAAUACUGAUAGGCCACCUUCAGUUUUUUGGCUUACUGAUAUAAUUGAGAGUCACAUAAAGUGACAGGUUGCUAGCUCGCCUACGACAAGAAUCCCAAGUUUAUAAGAAUGAGAAGCCUUUACGACACCCUUGAGAAGGAGAUGGAGUGGUCCUAUUCUUCUUUUUACUGGUUCCGGGAACCACACGGCACUAGGUAAGAUAACUAUUUACUAAUUAAUUUAAACCAUUUCAAAGUGUACAUUUUUUCACCUGGUCCAUUGACUAAUGUUAAGCGGGGAUUAAAGAAUAUACAAAAUAAAACACAAUUUGUAAAGUAAUAUUAACAUUUAUCUCAAAAAUAUUAAAUUCUUAAUACGAAAGUGAACACAGCUCAAAGCUAGGUGUCGUCUCAUUAUUCUUUAUUUUAACCUUUUAACCGCGCGAGUCGCAUAUAUGCGACAAAUAUUGCCGUGCCCCUACCGCCCGUGUCGUAUUUCUGCGACAGAGAAUAUCCAUGAUUUUUUUGUUCUAUUAUCGUCCUAUUAACUUCGUGGUAUAACUAAAACUAUUAUUGAAUAGAGCUAUUUAUUACAACAAUUACUUAAAAUUAUGUUUCAUAGCUCUAAGCAUUGAAAAAACUUAAACAAAAAUAAGUAAUUGGCAGCUCGGACUUUUCUUCGGUGUCUAUCGCGCGUGUCGCAUAAAUAUGACCAUAGGGAUGGGAUACAAUGCAAUGCGCAUUUUAAAAACAAAAUAACAAACAGUUAAAUAAUCAGGUAUAAUGCAUCAUUCAGCAUGAAAUAAACAGUGUCAUACGAAAUAAAGUUAAUUAACAUAUUGUCUUGUGUUACUAUUUUUUUCCCUUAUUAUUCAUAAGAAAAGUAUCCCUCAGAAUCUUUGUAUAACGCCAACAUUUGACGUUAGUUCCCAUCCCUAGACGGCUAUGCUUGCAACACAUUUCUCUAGUUAGUCCAGCG